AAUAGUAUACACGUAUCAGUUCAAUGUCCAUCGCUAUAUAUAAUUCAAUGUUUAUCGUUUAUUGUGAUUCAACUCUAAAGUUAAAUUUAUAUUUAGAGCAAUGUGCACUUCGAUAGUAACAUUAAAUGUAACAUCUUAGCGAGAGACACUGUGACAUCAGCUUCCAAUUUUGUACAUAAAUCAUGUACAAAGUACUUUCUAAUAUGUCGAAAUAUAUAGUUCGUGAUGGACACAAAAUACAGCCUAUUUUUCCAAGACCUUUUAUAACAAACCUAAGUUUAAAUAAAUAUCCACUUCCCAAACAACCUGUUCCUGAUCUCAAACAAACUGCAGAACGUUAUUUGAGGUCUUUAAAACCACUGCUGACUGACAAGGAAUACAAAAAUACAGAGAGGAUCGUAGGUGAUUUUAUAAGCGACACUGGCGUUGGACCUCGAUUGCAUGCCAAGUUGUUGGAAAAAUAUGAAAACACUGAUAACUGGAUGAAAGAAUGGUGGCUGCAAGCUGCCUAUUUAGGAUACCGUCUUCCUGUCAUUGUAAAUUCCAGUCCCGGUGUUGUUGGACAAACGUUUACAUUCAACAAACCAGAUGAUAUGUAUGUAUUUGCAGCACGUCUCAUUGCUGGAGUUUGCAAUUAUAACGAGAUGGUAAAGAGUAAGAAGAUACCACAGGAAAUGGUUCGUGACGAUCCGCUUGAUAUGCAACCAUACGGCAUGAUACUCGGGACACAUAGACAGCCAAACGAAUCAGUUGAUAAACUGUUGCACACAGAUGAGGCUACACACAUAAUCAUUAUAAGCAAUAAUCAUUUCUUUAAACUUAACGUUGUUGACAAAAACGGCAUUUUAAGUGAGGAAAAACUCGUGGCUGCUGUAAAAGAUAUUGCAGAUCGCUCGCGUACAAAAGAAAAGCCAAUAGGAAUUUUAACCGGAAACGACAGAGAUACUUGGGCAAAAGAUCACAGCUUACUUUUAGAAAUAGGUAACAAUAGAAAAAUAAUUAAGGACAUAGAAACAUCGUUGUUUGCAUUGUGUCUGGACAAAGAUAUACCAAAAGAUGCUUUUAAAGAUAAAAAUAAUGCUUCGGUCCGGGCAGUUCAAAGUCUGACGGGUUACAACAGUUGCACAAAUGCAGCCAACAGGUGGCACGAUAAGACCGUGCAGUUCAUAAUAUCUACGGAUGGUUUUGUCGGCAUGGAAUACGAACACAGUCCGUGCGAGGGUGGCCCGAUUGCUGUUCUUUAUGAUUAUAUACUAAAAUACAUUGCGGGAAGAGAAAGCGCAAGAACUACAAGUUCUAACGAUUUCCCAAGACCAGAACUUUUGAAGUUCCAGACUGACAAUGCUAUCAAAGAGGCGAUCGAAAGAGCUACCGAUGUGGUAGACAAACUGUCAAAUGACAUAGACAUGGAAUGCUUCGUAUUUGAUAAAUUUGGCACCGACGACAUUAAGGCGAUGAAAUUGAGUCCGGAUAGUUUUGUACAGAUCGCAAUGCAAGCUACCUUCUACAAUUUGCUGAAGAAACCGCCGGCUCAUUACGAGAGUGCGGGACUACGAAGAUUCAUAAACGCCAGAACCGAAUGCAUCAGAUCCACUUGCACCGAGUCCGUUGAAUUCGCGAUGAUGCUUCACAAUGGCGAUUGCAAGACUAAAGCUGAAAAAAAAGAAAUGAUGAUCCGAGCUAUAAACGCUCAUAAAGAGCUUGCUUCAGAAGCAGCGAUGGGCCAAGGUGUCGACCGGCAUUUGUUCGGUUUGAAAAUGAUAGCGCAGAGUGAAGGAAUGGAACUUCCGGAAUUGUACAAAGAUGUUGGUUACACCAGAAGCACGUAUUUCAAUUUGACAUCAAGUCAGGUGCCGUUUAAAUCGAAAUCUGUCCUUUGUUACGGACCGGUUGUUCCCGACGGUUACGGUUGCUGUUACAAUCCACGACCAAAGGACAUUAGUUUUGCCUGUUCCUCGUUCAGAUCGUGUGAGGAAACCGACACAAAAGACUUCGCUCGCGUGUUGCAACAGAUGUUAUGCGACAUGCGAGAUAUCGGAAAUGAAUGAUGAUAUUACAGUAUUAGAUAUUACAUUAUUUGUGCUGAGAAAAAAUCAGCAUAAUUUUUUACAGCAAUAAAAGUUGACGACAGUGCAAUUACAUUAUUUUUAAAAUUAUCUUUUUAGUGAUAAACAAAUUGAAGGACAAGGUAUA